UUCACUGAAAAAUAUCAGCGUCCAUUGAAAGCGAACUUCAGCUAAAACACCUGCAACGAAAAAAACGGUUAAUUCGAACUUCAGAUCUUUGUGUUCAAUUUCUUUAUUCAUUAAUCUUAACCAUCAAUAUGGAAGGGACAGUGUUAGCUCCUGCGGAAGGGACAGUGUUAGCUCCUGCUUUAGAAGGAAUGAAGCAUGUCAAGUCUGAAGAAGGAGAAAUGCUUACGAAGCCUUUCUUAGACGUCUGCAAACAGAUAUUGCCUGUUAUUGACAAAUUCGGAGCAGCCAUGGCACUUGUCAAGACUGACGUUGGCGGUAAUAUAACAAGGUUGGAGAACAAGUAUCUGUCCAACCCAGAAGAAUUUCAGAACCUAUACAGUAUGGUGCAAGUGGAGAUUGCAGCUAAGACAGCAGAAGGCUCAUCAAGUUGCACCAACGGUCUACUAUGGCUAACUAGGGCAAUGGAUUUCAUUCUAGAAUUAUUCCGUAACUUAAUGGAGCAUGAAGACUGGGCCAUGUCAAAAGUUUGUACUGAAGCCUAUACUAAAACACUCAAGAAAUACCAUGGCUGGUUGGCCAGUUCAACUUUUACAGUUGCAAUGAAGCUUGCUCCAGAUAGGAAGAAGUUCAUGGAUGUUGUGGCUGGGAAUGGUGACAUCAGUUCUGAUAUCGAAAAAUUUUGUGCGACGUUCACACCGAUUCUACAGGAGAACCACAAAUUCUUGGCUAGCGUCGGUCUGGAUGAUAUGAAAGCAUAGUAAUGAACAAAAAGAAUAAUUGGUUCUCUGCUUUACUUGUUAAGCCUCAUGGAGGAUGUGCUAUGAACAAGAAACUAAACUCUUAUGUGUACCCUUUCUUUUUUCACAAUCUGUUAAACUUAUAAUUAACAUCUAUAUAAUAUUAUAAUCUCCUUGGUUAGACACA